ACAACACACACACACUGUUCCUCUCACAUACACACUCACACAGCUGUUGAUACUUCUCUCUCUGAUGAACGCCGGAGCAGCAGAGUCUGCAGGAAUCUGCGAGGAUCUGCUGUCUGCCGGCAGCUCUGCCAAAGAGCACAUUUAUGGGAAACCUGGAGAGACGAGUGGACCAACUGGUUUUCUGAUUCGCCGCCCUGCUCUCACUUUCUCUGUCAUUCGUAUCCCGCUCGUUCUCUCUCGUCCUCUACCGGCUUCUCUUCUGCUGGGACUCCGUGUUGGAAUUUUGAGCGCAGAUAGCGAGCAGCAGCAGUGAAAAACAGAGACAUGUGUUUGGCCUCAGCCGCCUGCCACUACUGCCUCUUCUCUCGUAUUCACUGACCAAAGAGGAAAUACAAGGUGAGAGUCAGAGCGGCAGCCAUAGAGCAGACGAGUUGAGGUGAAGCAGGCAUGAGUGCGGACAGCCAUCAGGUGGUGGUGACCACUCCUCCCCCGCCCAGCGGAGGGACCAAGGAGCGAUACUUCGACCGGGUCAACGUCAACGAUCCAGAGUACAUCAGGUCCAGAAACAUGUCGCCCGACCUCCGACAGGACUUCAACGUUCUGGAGCAGAAGAAACGUGUCACGCAGAUACUACAGAGUCCUGCUUUCAAAGAUGAAUUGGAGAGUCUGAUCCAGGAGCAGCAGCGGAAGGGCAACAACCCCACCGGCCUGCUGGCCCUCAGACAGAUCGCAGACUUCUUCAUGGCCAGCUCAGUGGCCGGCUUCAACACCUCCCCUCUCAGUCUGGGGAUGGUCACGCCCAUCAACGACAUGUACGGAGUGGAGCCGACCACACUGGUGAAAGGCGAGAAGCUGACACGCUGUAAACUGGCCAGCCUCUACAGACUGGUGGACCUGUUCAGCUGGGCACACUUCGCCAGCUCUUAUAUUACAGGCAGAGUCAGUAAAGAGCAAGACCACAUCCUCAUCAUCCCCAGAGGGCUGUCAUUUGCUGAGGCGUCUGCAUCAAACCUGGUCAAAGUCAACAUCAUCGGGGAUGUCAUCGACCAGGGCUCCACCAACCUGAGGAUCGACCCUGCAGGUUUCAGCCCUCAUGCUGCCAUCUACUCCAUGCGUCCAGACAUCCGCUGCAUCAUACACGUGCACACUCCUGCCAUGGCAGCCGUGUCAUCUAUGAAGUGUGGGAUUCUGCCCAUUUCCCAGGAGGCACUGAUCCUCGGAGAUAUUGCCUACUACAACUACCAGGGCAGCCUGGACGACCAGGAGGAGCGCAGAGAGCUGCAGAAGGCCCUGGGCCCCUCAGCGAAGGUUUUGGUGUUGAGGAAUCACGGCGUGGUUGCUCUCGGAGAGACUAUCGAAGAGGCCUUUCACUACAUCUACAACGCCCAGUACGCCUGCGAAAUCCAGGUGAAUGCAAUCUCAUGUGCUGGUGGUGUGGACAACCUUAUAGUGCUGGACCAGGAGAAGUACAAGUCGCGAGUGUUCGCCGUGGCCUCAGCGGCUUCUGUCAACAUGGCCGGUCAGUACAAGUGGAAGAUUGGCGAGCUGGAGUUUGAGUCUCUGAUGAGGAUGCUGGAUAAUCUGGGCUACAGGACGGGUUACGCAUACCGGCACCCCAUCAUCCGGGAGAAGCCGAGGCACAAGAGCGAUGUGGAGAUCCCUGCCACCGUCACAGCAUUUAUGUUCGAGGAGGACGGAGACGCUGCUACACGGCUGCCCUUCAAGUUCCUGCAGCAGCGGCAGCAGAGGGAGAAAACACGCUGGCUCAACUCACCCAACAGCUACACCAAGGUCAGCGUGGAGGGCGGAGAGGAGCGCUACAACAGCCGGACAACCACGUGGAUGAAGGCGGAGGAGACAGGAACCCCAAUCCGGAUCGAGGACCCCAAUCAGUUUGUCCCUCUCAACACAGACCCCAGUGAGGUUCUGCAGAAAAGGAAUAAAAUAAGAGAGCAGAACCGGUUUGAUGUGAUGUCAUCGGGGCCGCGCUCUCAGCACCUUGCAGGCAUCCCUGUUGAUGAACCGCGACGGGAUCUGGUGCAGAUUAAAGUUCUGCCAUACGUGCCCACAGAGGAGGACCAGAUGGCUUCCCUGCCUCCCAACCCCUUCAAUGAGCUGUCAGAGAAGGACCUGGAGGAGUACCGCAAGAACGUGGAGAGGAGGCAACUCGGCCUCAGCGAUGGCGAACACGAGCUAACCUCUGACGACGGCUCCACUCUCUCUCAGUCUCUGUCUCUCACCCAGUCCCCGCAAAGCACUCCAGCUAAAGAAGAGAACCACACGGGCCUGAUGAACGGCAAAGACGACCACGGUGACGUGGACGAGGAGCUGUCGAAGCGCGUCAGUCAGCUGACCACCAGUGUGGAGAGCGUGGAGAUCACGGUGCGCUCCGGCGAGAAGAUCGAGGAGGCGCUGUCCCCUGAGAGCUCCCCCUCCAAGUCGCCCAACACCAAGAAGAAGAAGAAGUUCCGCACCCCGUCCUUCCUGAAGAAAAACAAAAAGAAAGAGAAGACGGAGGCCUGAGAGCAAACAGGCAGCAUGGGCGAGGCAGGCAGGAAGACCAUCUGCGUAGAAGAAGAAAGAGAGGCGGCAGCCUCCUUUUCUGUUUAAUGUCUGUGUUUUUAUUUUGUCUCCGUUUUCAAUGUCCUUUUAUGUUUUUAAUUUUAUUUGAUUUUUUUUUUAACAAAAGGUUUUAUGUGCAAAAGGCAGAGGAAAGGAAAAAGAGCUGUUGGUUUGUAACAAAAAAGAAAAGGUCUCUCCUUCUGCAAAAAGACUAGAAUGUUUGGGAGAUUUCGGGGUGGGUAUGUGGGUCCACAAGUUAAAAGUGCAGCAGAUGUGGGGUGACUGGAGCAGGUGUUGGUUUGUCUCCACUCCUCAUCACCUAUGCAGUGCUCUAACAGGGCGCCUUGGAAGUGUCAUUUGAGGCCAUUUUAGAUCCUGAAUAACUGGCUCCUCCUGUGUUUUUUUUUUUUUUUUUUUUUUUUCUUCCCCAGGCUGAAAACAGAACUUGAAACCGUGCUGCGUAUUUUCUUGCUUCAAAAUCCAAUUUUAUGAAAUGUUUGGAUUGCAGCGUGAGCGUUGUAAAAAUGCAUAAGUUGAAACUAAACUCCCCUGUCUUUUUGAGGCUUGUGGGUUCUGUUUUUUUAACUUCCUGGUCACCUGACUCUGGAUAGAGAACUAAGAGGUUACAUAAAAUUUCAAGUCACACUGGAAAAGUGGUCUCAGAAAAACAGCCGCUGGGUUAGUGUUGAUUUAUUUACCGUGAGAGUUUGCUCCUUGUUCUGACUCUCACAUUCUUCAGGCUACUUUAGGCGCAGGCUUCUGAUACAAACGUUCUCUUCAGCUGAUUGUGGUUGAUCUGCAGAUGGGUUAUAAAGGGUUAGCAGACUAGACUAGACGGGAGGAAGUCUGGUAGUCUAUCGCAACAUUGAUCUCAAACUAAAUAUUUAUGUAGCAUUUUCAUAUCUCCUCCUCUUCAUCUCGGUGUGUUUUUUUUUUUUUUUUUUUUUUUUUUGGCCAAAUGAAAUGGAAACGAAGCAAUCUCAUUUUAGUCGAGCAUAACUGUUUGUUUCUCGUUUGUCAUCUCAUGAAAUUUGAUCUUUUUUAUUGAACACAAAUUUAGUCGACUGUGUUUUGUACUCCUUUUUAAGCUUUUACAGAGAAUACAGAUGUUACGCAUGUUUUCUCUUUUUUGCAAGGAUUGAAUUUAUUUGGCUGACUAUGUUCUGUAGUGAUGGCUGAAUGCUCAAAUUAUAUUCUAAUCUUCAGAGUACACAAAGUUACUAUAUAACACAGACGUAUGAAAAAGAAAACUGGAUAUGUUGGCUAUAGAUUUUUAACUAUAUAUUUUUUAUUUUAUUGUGCAGCACUUUUCUUAUGGUUAUAUAACACAUUUUCGUUGCAGGUGGUUUCACCAGUGAAGGAGAUUGUGAAGUAUUUGGUAAAAGUUGUGCAAGUAGCAGGCGAGGCAUGGUGUCGGAGAGAGGUCAGGACCCAGAAAGUGAGUCAAAUGAAGGCGGAAAGAAUAAAUCUUUUAUUGGUGUCACACAUGAGAAAAAGAUUUCUACUCCUCAACUCAUGGGUCAGAGAGAGUGGAGCGCUGACGUCUUUUUGUUUGGUUUUUGUGUGCAUGUUUGUGUGUUUUUUUUUUUAAAGCCAUAUUGUAAUUUUAUUCCUCCAUUACUUUUAAUAAGACAAGGGUUGCGAUUCUCAUCUGCCUGCCAAGGCGUCAUGGACCCUAAGAAGACCUCUGUUAAAUCACCCCAGUGACUGCAUCGACACCCCUCAGGCUCCCCAAAAUGUAACUUUAUUAUCGUUUUUUUUUUUCUUGUAGCUACAUUCACAGCAGCUACGCUUCCUUGCUUAAUUCGCCAUUUAUUUCCUCCUAGAACUGGAACAUUAUAAGGAGGUCAUAUGGACAUGGUAUUUUUUAUUGGAUCACUCUGCGAGCCCAGUUCAAUAUGUCAGCUUCUAAAGCCUCCCCUCAUGUAAUUUCUCUAGUAAACACAGUCGUGCUGUAACUGUCCGAUGACCCACAGUUGAACUCUGCAAAGCCAAAGUGUGAUGGGUUGCCACAUGUCCUCCCCCCACAGUUUAACCAGAUGUACCAAUAUCCCAGCUAGCAAUGUGAAGUAUUGGAUUUGGAGGGAGGGCGGGAGGGUUUCGGGCGGCACCUUUAGCUGCGUUAAACGCUAGCUUUUUGGCUCUGGGCAAAGAGCCGAGGUCACACAACUGAAAGAUGGAGAAUGGAGGUGUGAGUUUGGAAAUGGAAGUUGCAUGUGUGUGCGUAGCAGAGACGGGCAGGGGGAAAGGACAACUUGACACUAACACACCAUGUUUUAUCACUCAGACUGUCUCUUUUUUUUUUCUUUCAUACCAUCUCUCCUGGAAAUUUCUCUUCUUUCAUCCUCCAUUUGUAUCGCAGUAUGCUUUUUUUUCUAUUAGUUUGCAGAGAGCGCUAGGCUUUUUUUUUCUUUUUUAUUAACCAUUUCAUGAGCAGAAAUUGCUCCCAGAUGAACUGAAUGUGCAUUGCAUCCUUUUUUCCCCUCCUCUUCUGUUUCUGACUGUUUGCACCUUGCUUUACUAAUGCCUCUCUAUCCACACUUUUUUUUCUGUUUUUAAAAAAAUAAAUAAAAAGAACGAGUUUUGCUUUGGCAUGCCAGAAUGAGCCAAGCUACUUUGUGACCUGUGAAAAUCCUAUAUAAAUGGUUAUCUAAUGGAGUUGCUUUUAGAUGUAUUGCUAAUCCGUGUAAAUUCACAAAUAAAACUGUAUUUUAAGAAAUGGAAGCUCAUUCAUUUUUUCAUAUUUGUGCAUCACAAUCCAUGCCAUUCUUCAAGUUGAGUUCAGCAUAAGUCAUACACUCUCAUUUUACUUUACCAUUAUCAUGAAUUGAGUGGUUUGACAAGCUUAAUGCUGCAAAUUCAUUAUUUCUGAUUUGUAGAGCAGCUGCAUGUGGAAGGACCUACGCUGACUUACAGGACGUCGGUGUUGAAUGAGCAGGAAAAAACACUAACUGGUGCCUUUGUUGUCUUUAUUAAUGAUGCUAACAUGAGAAUGUAUAUACCGUAUGUGUGAAUGGGCUAAACUGAGAGUUCUGCCACUGAAUGAGUGAAUAAAUCAUACCAGGCACAUUAAAUAUGGAAGGACAGAAAUGCUAUUAAGUGGAGAGAGAGCACACUGGCACUGACUUAUACACUGAGAAAUGCAGUGCGGCAUGAUCCUAUGGCCAUAAAAAGAGGUGAUUCGCUUCUACAUCAAAAUGGAUUGUAUGUAGGAAGAUUUUUGCAUUCAUAGAGUGCUGGAAGUUUACUGAUUUCUUGCUACAAAGUUUUUUCCUGAAGUGCUAAAAAUAUUGUCAUUCUGUUUACCUGUGAACUCCUAUUUUAGUGUACCUUUUAAACCAGUGGCUCCCAACCUGGUGUGCUCAGUGGGUCACAAGUAGGGAAUGAUAGAAGUAUUUCAAUUUUCUCAGAAAUAAAUAGGUAAAAUCAAACUAUGACAAUGGAAAGUCUUCUCCUCACUAUUGAUAAUCAUGCAUUCUGCGGUGACGGGUUGCAUAUAUUACAUUUAAAGCAAACUGCAACAGUUUAACACUGCAUUUCUUUGCCUAAAAGAUAGUCUAUAAAAAGGAUCAAAACUGAGGCACUAUUCUUCUCAAAACCUGACACCUACAUUACCCACAAUACAACCCAAACAACAACGGAUAUGUUGUUAUACUAGUAGUAGUAAAUCAAUCCUGGAGCUGCUUGCUACAAGCCGAGAUGCUACAGACGUUUGGAAAGAGCGUUUUUUUGCCAUUUUGAAACUUAUAUUCUCCAGCCCCAGCCAACACUGUUGCAUGUGAUAUCAGGUCUCACAGCUCCUUAUACAAAAUGCAAAACACCUUUAUAGUCUAGAAAUAGAUCCAAACAUGUAUAAUUGGUGGAGUUCCCACACAGGUUGGGAACCACUGCUCGUGUAGUAUUUUGCAUGUAUGUAAGACUUACAGGAGUUACAUUUUGUUUAAUUUCCCUUUGUUGCGUUUCUGUAUAGUCACUUUGUCAUCAAAAAGUGCUUCACACUUAACACCCAAAUCAACUGGAGGGUUCCAAGAUGUUAUUGGAAACCAGUCACAGUCACAACACGGCAUGGACUGUCCAUUAUCCAACAAACUAGGACAGUGUGUGUACACAAGCAGCCAAUGUGCCUUGACUGCAUUUAUAUCUUAAGAUGCAAAUCAAAAUAUGCAAAACCAACAUUAUGAUAGCGUGUGCUAACUUCCCUGUAAGAUGUCUCUAUGAUCUGUCAGCAUCUUCCAAUUGACUCAAUAUUUCCAUUCUGAUGUACAACUAGAGGCACUUUUACUCCUAUUUAACCCCAAACCUGUCCUCACCUUUUACAGUGACCUCAGAUAUCUUUUUGAUGCAAAGCUGCUACAGAUAUUUUUGGUGGGACGGUCCACUCUGGACUGUCCAUCACUUCUUAUGAUGUCUCUUUUUUAAAUAAUAUGAGAAAGUGAAACAAUUUGAAUUUCUGUCAACAUUCUGUUGGUGUUUAUAUCAAGAACUUUCUCUGGGGAAAACACUGCUUAGCUCCCAACAGUAUUUGACCACAAUUAAAUAUUUUAUCAGUUAGAUAGUUCUGUUUGGCACUUUAACGAAUGCGGGAAUGUUUAGGGAAAAAAAUAUUUACCAUCAUUUUAGUGUUAGAGAACUCUGAAUGAAAUUCAUCAUGGCAUUCUAAGCAGGUUAACACAACAACUAAGACUGUGAGUGUGUCAGUGAAUGGCGAGAAUAAGAUGAGGUAAACUGGAAGACUCCUUUUUUUAAUCUCACUUCUCCUGUUGAUGCAAGGAUCAUAUAAUGUUUUACACACGUAUAGCUUCCAUAUAUAGCAUUUAAAACACUGUAAUCCUGUCCUGGCAUUGGUGAAUGUGCUAUACAGCAGAGUGCAGUGCAGUAUACAGCACUUUAUUUGAAAACGUUCCUGUUAUGAACAAUAAAACUGUUUGAGCUUUCCAGUGA